GAUAAUUACUAAAGUGAGUCUGUAAAAACUAAAAACACUACGUUUCAAAUUCUUAUUUGUGUUUGACCUCCUACUAAGAUUUUUAAGUGGACCGUAAAGAAUUUCAUUUUAGUGGAUAAUCAAUAUAUAGUUGAAGUGUGUGUGGUUCUCAAAUAUUGGAUAAAAUGGACCCACUUAUCGAGGAAGACUAUAUAAUGGAACCAGACACAGAAACAUCAGUAUUAGAUUCAAUAUGGAGUGCUGGUCCUGUCUUACUUGGUUCCACUCUGCUAGUGGUAUACAUCGGUUUCAAGUGGUUCCAAUGGCAGAAAGCCAACUCGGAUAUUGACGAAGCCACAAAGAAUCCCGAUUUAUAUCUCGCUCGGAUGGAGGCCAUACAGCGAAUUCGCGAGAAGCAACAAAGAGAGUUGGAGGAGGCCUCGCGCAAGAAGAAGGCAGAAGACAUCGAGAAAGAAAAACGAAAACGCGCGGAAAAUUUGGCGAAACUAGAAAAGUAUGGCUCAAAGGGGGGACAGAAAGUGGGACAACCGAGUGAUGGAGAAUAUCUUCCGUUGUGCGGUGGUUCGUCUUCGUCGAGUUACAAAGCGCCCAAGCGAUCCGCUUGUGCUAAAGGCGGUUGCGGGAAAUAAUUAAAUAUUAUUCAAUAUU